UGUGUUCUAAGCGAAUUAAGUAAGAACUGGACUAUGCAUCUUUUGCGUAUUUCACAAAUUAGUAAUCUGUGCUGUGGUGCAUCUUUCAUCUGUGAUCGUAUACAAUAACUAUGAUAUCUGAAGUCGCUUAAAUAGUAAAUAUGUCCGUUCAUUGAUGGUUGUAAGAAGUAUGUCGCUAACAAGUUUAUUACCUGCACCCUCACAACCUGUCUGGGAUAGAGACGAAGAGAGAGGAAAAGUACGUGUUCCAUCAUCUUCUCUGGUUGUUGCAAGCCCAACAGCUCCUCCAUAUGGUCAAAGAAGAGGUUGGGUCCCACGGUCACUUGAGGACUUUGGAGAUGGUGGAGCAUUUCCAGAGAUUCCUGUGGCCCAAUAUCCGCUGAAUAUGGGUCGAGAGGGAAAAGAAAGCACAUCAAACGCCCUUGCAGUUCAGUUGGAUGCACAGGGGAAGAUAAAGUAUGAUAUCCUGGCACGCCAGGGACACUCUAAGGACAAGGUUAUCUAUUCAAAACUUACAGACCUUCUUCCAGCUGAAGUGGUGGCCGAGGAUGAUCCAAGCCUGGAAAGACCAUCAGAAGAUGAUGUGCGAGACACUACUGAGAAGACUCGUCUUGCCUUGGAACGUCUUACACAUACAAAGAUAGCAGCCGCUAUGCCAGUUAGGUGUGCAGAAAGAGCAGGUCCUGCACAGUACAUUCGUUACACACCGUCUCAGCAGGGGGCUGCCUUCAAUUCAGGUGCCAAGCAACGGGUUAUUCGAAUGGUGGAGGCUCAGAAGGAUCCCAUAGAACCACCAAAGUUCAAGAUAAAUAAGAAGAUACCUCGUGGACCUCCCUCACCACCUGCUCCAGUAAUGCACUCUCCAACGAGGAAGGUAACUGUUAAGGAGCAGAAGGAAUGGAAGAUUCCACCAUGCAUUUCCAACUGGAAGAACGCUAAGGGAUACACCAUCCCAUUGGACAAACGACUUGCUGCAGAUGGACGUGGCUUGCAACAGGUUCAUGUUAAUGAGAACUUUGCCAAACUGGCAGAGGCCUUGUAUAUUGCUGACAGAAAGGCACGUGAAGCUGUGGAGAUGCGAGCUCAGCUGGACAAAAAGCUGGCACUGAAAGAGAAGGAGAAGAAGGAAGAACAUUUGCGACAACUUGCGCAAAAGGCCCGUGAGGAACGGGCAGGCAUCAGAACUCAGGCAGCUGCUGAUAAGGAUGACGAAAUUAGGGAGCGUGAUCAGUUGCGUUAUGAGCGUCACAAGGAUCGUCAGCGUGAACGCAACAUUGCUAGAGCUGCUCCCGAUAAGAGGUCAAAGCUGCAGCGUGAUCGAGAACGAGACAUCAGUGAACAAAUUGCACUAGGUUUGCCAGCCAAAAACAUAUCUGGUGGGGAGGUUCAAUUUGAUCAGCGUUUGUUCAACACUACAAAGGGUAUGGAUUCUGGGUAUGGGGAUGAAGAGUCUAAUAACGUGUAUGAUAAACCAUGGCGUGAAGGUGGCAGUCUUGGCGCACAUAUCUACCACCCUAGUCGGAACUUGGACAAGGACGUGUAUGGAGAUGAUCUUGACAAGUUGAUUAAGACCAAUAGGUUUGUGCCUGAUAAAGAAUUUAGUGGCACGGAUCGUACUGCUACAAGAAGUGGACCUGUUCAGUUUGAAAAGGAAGAGGAGGAUCCUUUUGGCUUGGACCAGUUCUUGACACAGGCUAAACGUGCGAGCAAGCGUCCCAAGGAUGAUCGGGAUCGACGAGGUGAAGAACGUGAUAAGCGUAAACGGAGAGAAUAACUGUAGGUCAUAAAUAUUUGGACAGCCUGCCAACUGCAACAAAUAAAAAAUAUUUUCCAUGAAGUUAUUUUAAUGUGAUUGAGUGAACUACGGAUGGGACAUCCAAGCAGUAUGUGCUAUAAUGGAAUAACAUUUGACACAGUUUCAAGUAGACCAGCAGUACAGUUAAACUGUGUGUUAUUUGCAAGAGCAAGUGAUUUAAUUUCAGACUGUGUUAGUAUGUGAAUGUAAACACAUUGGCUGAAUUUAGUACACACCAUCUAUUCUACCAGGUCUUAUACUGUAAAUGUAAGUAUACAGUAAAUAUCUUGGAUGUUUUGAAAGUAGACAAUAUGAGGCUUUUAUAUAUCUCAUAACCACUUUUCUUUUUAAUAUAUCCUUGCAAGGGU